GAAAGAACCACUUCAGAGGUGACUUCACCCACAAAAUUUGCCAUCCACACCAAAAUUUUCUUUGAUAGAAAAUUUUACAUUUGAAGAGAAAAGGCCAAAAGUUCUUCGAUCUAAGGAAAGAGAAGACAUGGAGAAUCUAUUAGGCCUUCUAAGACUUCAUGUGAUUAGAGGUGUUAAUCUCGCCAUUAGAAAUUCUCAUAGCAGUGAUCCUUACGUCAUUGUCCGUAUGGGUAAACAGAAGCUACGAACACGUGUGAUGAAAAAGAAUUUAAAUCCAGAAUGGAAUGAAGACUUAACACUUUCUAUUACUGAUCCAACUCUCCCUAUCAAUAUCAUGGUGUACGAUAGGGACUGGUUCUCAAGGGAUGAUAAGAUGGGAGAUGCGGUUUUCCACAUUGAUCCGUUUCUUGAAGCCAUCAGAAUCCAAAACGAGCUGGGAGGACUACCGGAGGGGACUGUAAUAAUGAAGAUUCAGGCAAGCAGACAAAACUGCUUGUCAGAAGAGAGCAAGAUUGUGUGGCACAAAGGAAAGAUUGUCCAAAAUAUGUUUCUUAGGCUCCAGAACGUUGAGCGAGGGGAGGUCCAGUUGCAGCUUGAGUGGAUUGAUGUCUCUGGCGCUAUGAGUAAAUAGGAGGAUUGUGCUUUCUAAACCCAUUUUAUACAAUUGCCCUUAUCCAUAGCUAGAGACUAUUCUUUAUAUUUUACUGAAACUUUAAAUAGUUUAAGCAUAUUAGGAUAUUUAAA